AUGGAUCUUCAGGGCACUCCCAUCCCUCCCGGUCCGCGUAGUACCAAGGUCACUACCGAUCCUCUUGCCUACGAACAGCCCAGACGCGAGCCCGCGGGCCCCAUCACAAAUGACUCUCUCGCCGCUGAGUCUAUUAAAAACGGUGGUGCAUUCAGCAAAAACCGUGGCGCAGAACCUUUGGGUGUCUCCGGCAGCAACUCGACAUUGAAUACCACCGACAUCUCUGCAGCGACAACACUCCCAUCCGCACCUACCGGUGGCCUUCGUGAGAACCGUCUGCAGCAGGAGAAGUACCCCGAGGCACUAGAUGGCCAGGGAGACUUCCCUGGUACCCACCUUUCUCAAUCUGGUUAUGUCGGUGGCUCAACUUCCGCAAAGCAGCAGAUGGGCAUGCACGCUGGCCAGUCCCAAGCCAGUGGUAGUAGCCAAUACAACAACAACCAAGCUCCGUCUUACACUGACGAAGAUACUGGCGAUCAUCAGAACCAGAAGUCGCAGAGCAACUUCAGCUCUGAUGCCUCCAAGAAUGUCAGCUUCAACUCUGAGAUUGGCUCCGAUCAGGACCCUGGCCGUGCUGCUGUGCAUAAGUUCCAGCGUACUAAUGCUGAGAGUGGCCCUGAUGUCGGUCCUCGCCAGAAGGAAAUCGAUAACCAAACCCGCUACCAGCCUUUGGAGGUGGACCAGCGAAUUUGA